AUGGACUUCCCAUCCAUGACACUCCACACAAACAACGUGACUGAAUUUAUCCUCUUUGGCCUCACGCAAAACGAAGAAACCCAGAAAAUAUGCUUUGUCCUGUUUCUGUGCUUCUAUUUAAUCAUUGUGCUGGGAAACUUUCUCAUAGUAGUCACGAUAAUUUUCAAUGCCCACUUGGCUUCUCCCAUGUAUUACUUCCUCAGCUACUUAUCCUUUGUAGACAUUUGCUAUUCCUCCGUCACAGCUCCCAAAAUGAUUACAGAUUUUCUUCUGGAAACAAAAACCAUCUCAUUUAUUGGCUGCAUAGCUCAGCUCUUUGGAGUUCAUUUCUUUGGCUGCACAGAGAUCUUCAUUCUUACAGUGAUGGCCUAUGACCGGUACAUUGCAAUUUGCAAACCACUCCACUAUACCACCAUUAUGACCAGGCGAGUCUGUGGGCAGAUGGUAGCAGCUUCUUGGGUCGGGGGGUUUCUGCACUCCUUGGUGCAGACUCUUCUCACCGCUCAGCUUCCUUUUUGUGGGCCCAAUGAAAUUGACCAUUAUUUUUGUGAUGUCCACCCUCUAUUGAAACUGGUUUGUACAGAUACCUAUAUCAUCGGCAUCAUAGUGGUUGCGAACAGUGGGAUGAUUGCUUUAAGCUGCUUCCUCAUCUUAGUUGUAUCAUAUGUUGUCAUCUUGGUCUCCUUGAGAUCUCAUUCUUCCGAAGGGCGUCGUAAGGCUCUUUCUACUUGUGCUUCCCAUGUCACAGUAGUGAUUUUAUUUUUUGGGCCAUGCACCUUUACCUAUAUACGCCCUUCCAGCAACUUCUCAGAAGACAAGACAGUAGCUGUGUUUUAUACUAUUAUCACCCCAAUGCUGAACCCAUUAAUCUACACAUUAAGAAAUUCAGAGAUGAAGAACGCCAUUAAAAAAUUAUGGAGCAGAAAAAUUAUUUCAGCUGAAAAAACAAAUAUGUAA